CAUUGAAGCACCCGGAAGCUCAGGCUCACCCACCCCUCACCGUCGAAAUGGCUGCCAUCACCUCCGCUACCUCCGCCGUCGUGGCUCGCCCGGCGUUCGUCGGCAAGACCGAGUCCCUCCGCGCCCGCGCGGUCGCCCCCGCGGCGCCCAAGCGCGCGUCUGUCGUGACCCUCGCGUCCGCGGACGAGACCUCUCGCCGCGCGGCCCUGUCCGUCAUCACGGCUGCCGGCGUCGCCGCGGUCGCGAAGCCGUCCCUCGCCGCGUACGGUGACUCCGCGAACAUCUGGGGUGCCACCACGAACACCUCCGGCUUCAUCCCGUACUCCGGCGACGGCUACGCGUUCCUGCUCCCGUCCAAGUACAACCCCUCCAAGGAGCGCCCGUUCCCGAACCAGGACGUGUACUUCGAGGACAACUUCGACGCGGUGACGAACAUCUCCGUCAUGGUCGAGAAGAAGUGCGGCAAGUCCAAGAUCGAGGACUUCGGCUCCCCGGAGGCGUACCUCGAGAAGAUCGGGUACCUCCUCGGGCAGCAGGUGUACGCUGGCGAGACCCGCUCCGAGGGUGGCUUCGCCGCUAACAAGGUGUCCGCCGCCGCGGUUCUCGACGUCUUCACGAAGUCCAACAAGGGCAAGACGUACUACUACUACGAGGUGCUCACCCGCACCGCGGACGGUGACGAGGGCGGUCGCCACCAGCUCAUCGCCGCGACCGUCUCCGACGGCGACCUCUACACCAUGAAGCUCCAGUCCGGUGACAAGCGUUGGUUCAAGGGCCAGGAGCGCGACCUUAAGCAGACCUGGAGCUCCUUCACCGUCGCGUAAGAGGUUCACGCGUUGGCGACCGCGCUCGGGGGGCCCGAACGCGGUAGUGCGGGACUAGAACAUUUUAGGAGACGCGGCGUGGCUUUUCUGAAAGGAUAUCAGGAUUCGAUUUG